AUGUCUGGGGUUCGCAUCCCUGUUGUGGGUCGAACCUACAAUGUCCUGUGUCCUAUUUGUAGCAGCAACGUCUCCUUUGACUGCCGUGGCACAUCCGUGUACGGUAUUCAAUGCCACAUCUGCCACACCGUCGUUGAUCUGCGCAACCCUUCUGUGCCGCUGCCGCCCAAUGACACGGGCGAACUGCCGGACAACGGCGGUAACAGCAUCUGCAGCCCGGUUCGUUACUCUCCAGAAGUAGAGGAGUCGGGAGGCUUCUCUGCAACGGCGCAGCUCUCCAUGGUCAUCGCAAGUGCCGUGGAGGAGCAGAAUAAGGAAAUGCCGACCACCAUGAAUGGCGAAACAUCGCAGGCGUUCUCUGCACGUCGAAUGCAAGCCAUGUCGGAGCGAUUCUCGUUUUUGUACCCGCUCGUUUAUGCUCUAGAGUUCAUUGUCUUUGGCACCAAGCCCGCCGCGAGGAUUGGGCACGUGCGCGUCUUUCAGAAGCGCUUGCCGUUUGUUGGGGUGGUGAAUGUGCCUGUGCCUAAGACCUCCCCGUCGUACUCCAUGCCUCUCACAGUCUUCAUUCUUCUGUUUUCUGGCACAACGUGGUACGCGCGCUCCGUCGACGACGAAUGGAUGUGGCAUAUGCACGCAUACGUCUCUGUGCUGGCGGUGCUCUUCUUGCUGCUGAUGCCGAUGAGCGUGUACACCGACCCCGGCUUUGUACGCCCCGCGUACCUGCUGCACCGCGACGGUCAUGCCGGUGAGUUGACGCUCAAGGACAUCGAGUUGCAGCAUCGCGAGAGCCUGUGGGAGACAGUGGACGGAGAGCAGGUGGAGCGCAAAUGGUGCUCGACGUGCGAGAUGCACCGCCCGCCGCGCGCCGCCCACUGCUACCUCUGCGGCCUGUGCGUGCUGGAGCACGACCACCACUGCUCCGUCAUCGGCGCCUGCGUGGGGCGCCGCAACCUGCUCGUCUUCUACGCGUUCGUCGCGGCCAGCUCCGCACUGGCGCUCGUCGCCGGCGGCAGUAUGGCGGUGUCGCUGUACAACAGCGGCGACGCGCUCGGAUGGUGGUCGUAUGUCUUUAGCGUGCUCCUCGACGCGAUUCUCAUUCUGACGGGCGGCUCCACGGCCGGGCUCCUUGUCUCGCUGACGGUCUCACUCAUAACCAAUGCGACGACACGCGAGCGCCUGCAGAAUGUCUUUGCGGAUCGACGCAACCCAUUCGACCGUGGUGUGCUGCGAAACAUGUGCAACCUCUUCUCGCGCCGCGAUGCGCCGUCGCUCUUUAACGACGACGACUUCGUGCGGGUGUGUGCGGAGCGGGUGGAGAAGAGGGACACCAAAAGGGACGAUGCGGGGGUCACGGUGGUGUAG